AUGGUGAAAAAGGCAAAAAAGGUUAGCACUUUGAAGCUAUUCGAGUUAAAAUACGUUAAUAAAUCCAAUUAUAAGCAGCCUCAGCUUAUAAAUCGGGUUUGUAUUUCUAAUUCCGCCUAUCUUCGUGAGAAUAAUAACGAAUUUUACAGUACGCUUUUUAAAGUUUCAAAUACUUUCCAUCUCGAUUUUAUCCAAAUAAAGCUACUAGACUUAUUACUUCGGGCUUGUAACAAGCAGAAAAUCAAUAGCCUAGAGGAAUUCUUAAUUAUAGCCUCCAUUUUGAUAAAGAAAACAGUAUCAUUUCAUUGGAAAGAGUAUGAAAAAUUCUGCAGAAAAGUUUUGGAAAAUUAUGAUCAAAGGGUUUUAAUAUGGAUUUUUUCACAUGCGCCUAAUUUAAGAAUUUCUAUGUCAGCUCAUUAUAGAAGAAGUGAUGAGGAAGAGACUGGGAUACCUAUGAGUGAUAUUCAAGCAAUUGAAAGAGACUUCAACGGCUAUAUUUCAAAGUUGGCACUAAAAUUGAUAUUAAGGCAGCUUCAUGCUGUUUUGGGAUUUUAA